CGAAUUUAUAGAUUAUUAAUCAUUUUAGCUGUAAUAUUAUUCCAACUUAAAAGAAAUGGUGAAGUCUAAGAAAAGCAAAGGAUUAGCAGGAAACACUGCGAAUGUUAACACACAGAACAGCGCUGAAGCUGAAAGCGAAAAUGAAGGUGAGUCUGAAGUUGCAACACUACAACGCCGCUGCACUUUUCUUGAAGGGAAUAAACAAGCAUAUGAACGGGAAACAUAUGAGAAAAUCAGGAAACAGGAAAAGCUAAUUAAACAACUUGAGCAAGAGAGACAGGAUAUUGUAUUAAAUCUAGAGGGAGUGAGGGGCCACAGAAAUGAGAAGCAUAAGGAGAAGAUUGAAGAAGCUUUAAACUCUCUGAUUGAAAAAGGAGAUGAUAUUGACACGAAAAUAAUGCAUGAAGCGAAGAAACAUGCAAGAUUCAAUAAGGAGAUUAAAGAACUUGAAGCAAAGCUUGACAAGGAAAGGAAGGUUUUGGCAGAAAAAAAAGACCCUGUCAACAAAAUUAGAAAACUAAGAAACCAUGAUGCUCAGGCAUCAGGAAAAUAUAACACAUUCAUAUCUACCAAUUCCAAACUUCGAGAAGAAAUUGAGACACUCAGAGGGGAGAAAGAAAAGUUUCAGCAACUCUACAAAAAGAUUCAAAAGGAGCUUGAAAAAAUACGGAAGGAAUGUGUGAAAGUUACUCAGGAGGCAAAUGAAGCCCAUCGUAUAAGAGAAGAGGCUCAGGCUAAAAUUCUGAGAGUUGCUGAGCAAACGACGAAUGACCUUGACCAGUACACCACAGAGUUAAGUGAAAUUCAAAGAGAGCUGAAACACUCUGGGAGAGUUGAACGGUUUCUCCAAGAGAAAACAAAACACAGAGAACCAGAUGCAGAGUUUCUGGCUGCAAAGAAAAAAAGAGAGUCCAAAAAGCAAGACUGUGGAGAGGAUAAAUGA